AUGGACACUACAGCAGGAGCACCCUACAACCCUGUUACGAGGGCGGUCUGGUACGGAUCCCUCCCGAUCCAACUUGUACUCGAUCCAGCUGAAGCUGCACGAUGUGAUCUCCGGGAACGGGAGUCCUUGUUGGUCGAAACUCCACGGUGUUCGUAUCUGCCAUUUUUGACGAGACAAGUUCAGAGGCACUUUGCAGCUCAUGGGCGCACUCAAUUGACAGGCGACGACUUUGAGAUCUGGUAUGAUUACGAAGGAACUCCCUUGAAAUGGCACUAUCCGAUUGGGCUACUUUAUGACAUUCAUAGACUACAAGCCUCAGCAGCACACGGGGUGUCCGAACCAGAGUUGCCAUGGAAGAUCAUGGUGCACUUUGGAAACUUUCCGAGCAAUAAGCUGAUCAAAAGUUCACUCACAGACAGCUGCCAGGACUAUUUCAUGUCCAUGAUCAAGGAGGCAGAUUACCUCCGCAAUGGAUCGACCAAAAAAGUUAUGAAUAUGUCAAAGGCGGAUCAAAUGCAGUUGUGGAAUGGACUGUGGUCAAAAAGCUAUGAUCUGUUCUGGGGAAUGAACCAGAAGCUAGUGUCGAACGAUGGGGCAGCUACCAAGUUCUUGCCCAUCCGGAUCUACUUGCCCGAGAACUGCCCUGUGAUACAGAAUCCAGUGUCCCCUAUGGACGAACAGGGCCAGCCAAGGACGCUGCGGCAGAUCCUGAAUAUUGCCCUGCCAGACCUGUUUCCGCUGGGGAGUGACGAUGAUCACGCGGGUGCAUCGGUUAUGAUCCACGGCAUCAAGCCUAGCCUAGACGUCAAUGCCGUAUGGUUCGCUCAGAAUAUGGCCUAUCCAGACAACUUUUUGCACCUCGUUGUCAUCCUGCACCCUUGA